AUGCAAACACGAGAACGUAGUGAGAGCUCGUAUGGUUUUCUCUGCAACAUCAAGAGCUUGUAUCUCAAAAGGGACGAGCAAGUGCAUUUCUCUCCAAUCAAAGAAAUCAUGCGGCAACUCUUGGUGGGCUUGGCAAGCUUGCCCGAACGCGAUCUUGUGGACCAGGAUGUUCAGCCAGCGUGUAUCAGGCACAGCAACUUUUUGGUGAAACUGGGGGAUUUCCAAAGCGCAAGGGGGCUUUCAACUCCACCGAAGCCAGAAGUUACUGGAUCAUUGGGAUACAGGGCUCUGGAAGUUAUUUCCGGGGAGGCCGAAAAGAUGGUGUGGGGCGCUGGAGUUGUAUUUGCACUGAUGCUUUUGGGAGAAAACCCUUUUGACUUGAGCUGGGAUAAGUGGAGAGCGAUUGUUAGCAUUCGGUUUCAUGAUAUGCUUGUGCCGGAGUAUGAGGUGGCAAUGUACAGUCCGGUUAAUGAUGCAACAACGAGUCAUGAAGAAUGA